AUGUCUGGUAUUCCCUCCCGUCCUGUUGUACAUUCGGAUAUACCACAUGGUAUUGUCGAUGUACUUGAAUCUCUAGUUGGCUUUGUGUCCCGUCAGUGUGGAUUCCAGUAUAUCGAGCAGCCAUGCCUUCCAAUACUGACGAACCUGCUCAUAUCAUUCUUUGAGUCACUUGCCACAAAGAGUCUUGCUUACGCUGAAGCAGCGAGUCGGACGAAGAUUGUUCUGAAUGAUUUGGUGCUGGCAUUCGUUGACUUCGGCUUCGAGAUUUCCCGAAUAUUUGAGCAAAGUAGACACUUUCCAAUGCCCGGACUCAAUGGACCUGCUGCUCUAGGUGACCCAGCCCGAGGCGUAGUUUGUAAACCUGUGAUUGGUCCAAGUGGAGCGCCAAUUAUCCCCUGCACUGUCAGUCUUCGCACCGACGCCGUCAAAUCUGUGGGGUCCGGUGCAGCAGCUCUGCCUACUGCGGGGGGCGCGGCAGCGGGUAUGACUGCUACCCAGACCGCUCCCAAGGCCCCUGCGCAUCUUCUCCUCCCACCAUUACCCGAACCACAUACGUACCUGGACUCUAAGGUUACGCGACCCCCGCCAGCCCAGAGUUUGGCCAGUUUGCGCCGACAGGUGAUUGAUCAGCGCAGACAGAUGCAGCUCUCGCUAACGUCGUAUGUGUCACUUGGACAAUCGGUGGAUCAUCUAUUUCCGGGGGAUCGGGAAUCCUUUCCCAUUCUGUUGCCCCAGCCCUCGAGUAGACCCUACGUCUCCGCUCUUUUGGCGGAGUCCUUGCCCGAGUCGGAGGAACAGCCCAGUGAUACAACGAAGUCCAUGGACCAAGAUUCUACUGAAAAGCCUCAUUCCGGUGAUGGCUCCAUCUCCAACUUCUAUCUCUGCAAACCUACUUUUCCCAGCGCUGAAGUUAGCUCGGGACACUUUUUGUGA